AAAAAUCUGAAUUGUCAAGAAUCAGUUUUCACGGUUCUCACCAAUAAUAAGCUAGUUCACGUUAACUAGCUAGAUAAGUAGCCUACUGGAGGAAAUUAUACAUUAAUACAUAAGUAGUUCAAUUUUUUUUCUGUGGUUUCUUUUUGGCAGGUGAUGGUAACCCAAGACAACAUGAGAUAAGAAACGACUGAUCAAGCUAACGUUAUUGUCUGCCCUUGAGAGAAUAUCGGGAAUCCUCUUAGUAGAAACAUUUUUUCCUAACAGACUGGAAAUAUGCAAACCUAGCUACCUGGCAAUACAUCUUCCUGAUGGGGUGUAGUGCUACUUCUGUGUACCACAGUAAUACAGUACUACCUUGACAUUCAGGAUUCAUAGCUUAGGCCUACUUGUGUUGAUCAGAUCAUCACUCAAUAUAACAUUUACAUUUGCAUCAGUAGUCUAGCAACUGCUCCACCAUUUUGGGGGUUCAGUCAAACAUUACUGUAUUUCACACAUUUCUGACUGAGGGUUAGUAAAGUCAGCUUUCUGUCAAGAUGUUUUCCGCUCUGAAGAAGCUAGUUGGUUCUGAAUCAGGCCAGCCGAGGGACAAGAGCAUCCCUGCUGGUAUGCAGUCCAUGAACCAUAGUUUACAGAGACGUUUUGCCAAAGGAGUACAGUACAACAGUAAGUUAUGCAUAUUUUUUAUGCUGAUAGCAAUAUAUAUGAUAUAAUAUAGGUUACUGUACAUGUAUUAAGACGUAGGCUAGUCAUACUUUGUUUUGUUAUUUCUCCCAAGUGAAAAUAGUUAUCCGUGGAGACAGAAAUACUGGAAAGAGCACUCUAUGGCAUCGACUGCAAGGAAAGAAAUUCACAGAUGACUACAUCCCCACUCAAGAGAUCCAGGCAACCAGCAUCCAUUGGAACUACAAAAGUAAGAGAACUGGGCUCCUACACUUUACUUGCACACUUUGAUCAAUGUUUUAGUCCUAUGUUUUUUACUUACUCCAGGCUAAAACCUAUCUCAAAUUCUGCCAACACAUUGUCAAUGUAUACUUAUGAUGUACUUUUCCUGCUUCUGCAACUGUAAUUCACUUCAGUUGAACAUGGCACAUAUAAAGGUAAAUAAUAUCCAGGUAAGCCUACUAGGUUUGAGAAAUAGUAUUGCAUAGUUAGCUAGAUCAAUAGCUUUGCCUACAAGUGUUUUGUGGGAUAGUGAAAACACAAACUCUCUAGUGUACACCCAGACCACAGUAGGCCUAUUCCCUCAAACAGUUUCCCUCCUCAGACCGUGUGAUUAAUAAAGAGGCCCAUGGGUAAUGAUGCAAUUUGUCCUGUAGUACAGAAACAACUUUGUCCAGCUUGCCUUUCCCAGCUAUCAUAUGUGCGCACAGAGCCUUGGGACACAUACUAGUAGUUUGAGCUUUAGUAUGUGAGGCUUUGUCAGUUGUGAUUCUUAUUGAGAUGACUGUUUCUCUGUAUCUCUCAGCCACUGAUGACGUGGUCAAGGUGGAGGUGUGGGAUGUGGUGGAUAAAGGUGAGUGUGAUGACUUUGUUGGGCUGGGUGAAUGUAUGUGACCUACAUGAGUCAUUCAGUUGAUAUCUACAGUUUCUACUGCUGUAUUAGAAGUGUCCGUGUAUUUUGUAUUAUCCCAUUGCCCAUCCGUACAGUUACAAUUUUUUUGUUCAGAAAUGUUUAUACAUGCCUAAGUCUUGGUUCUGUGGAUUUUUUUUUCUCCUCAGAAUAUUAAUGUUGUUUUUCUUGCUCCUCUUUUUUUCACUUGCCUCAGGCCAAAAAUACCCUCUCCCUGAGGGUGUAGGUGAGAGUCACUGUGUGCACUGAUGUAGGAUCUUAAUUUGAUCACCCUGUUGCAGGAGAACUUUCCUGCAAUGCAAAAACGUAUUGUGUGUUUAAGGUUUAAAAAUGCUUCUGAAGUUUGUAAUUUCCACUUUGAAAUGUCAAACUUGAUUUUCCCUUACGAAAAAUCUAUCAACCCCUACAAAAAUUUCCAUUAAUUUUUAUCCACGUAAAAUUCACAUUUCCUGUUGCUGCAGGAUUAUUUUCCUGCUGUAGCAAACUGGCUCAAAUUAAGAUCCUACAUCUGUAGUUCCUAGAAGUUAGUUGCUUGUAGGCUAGUUGCUCUUGUGCUUCUGUUUUAUCUGAAUGCAAACACAGUGAAGGUUGGUCGUUGCUUAGUUUGCAGUGUGGCUGAAAUAAAAAGAUUGCUGAUUGCUUUCUAGAAAAUGACUGUUUGACUACUUUGUGUGCUAUAACCUGGAGCUACAGUCAAGAAAGGUUUGACUAUCUCUUUUUAAAAGAAGAUAAUUGAGUACGUGUUUGCCAAUAAGAACAUAAAAAGAGCUUUUCUGCUUCUGUCAAUACUGUAUUUGUUGCACUUAGCUAACGGUAAAGUUAGAAGUAAAGGGAUUCACGUUUUUGUGUUUUAAAAUAAAUGCCAUGUGUAAUCAUACUGUAUUGGGGAGAACAAGUAUUUUAUUCACUGCCGAUUUUGCAGGUUUUCCUACUUACAAAGCAUGUAGAGGUCUGUAAUUUUUAUCAUAGGUACACUUCAACUGUGCGAGACGGAAUCUAAAACAAAAAUCCAGAAAAUCACAUUGUAUGAUUUUUAAGUAAUUAAUUUGCAUUUUAUUGCAUGACAUAAGUAUUUGAUCACCUACCAACCAGUAAGAAUUCUGGCUCUCACAGACCUGUUAGUUUUUCUUUAAGAAGACCUCCUGUUCUCCACUCAUUACCUGUAUUAACUGCACCUGUUUGAACUCGUUACCUGUAUAAAAGACACCUGUCCACACACUCAAUCAAACAGACUCCAACCUCUUAACCUCUCAAUUAUUCGAAAAUGGAAGAAGUUCAAGAUGACGGUCAAUCACCCUCGGUCUGGGGCUCCAUGCAAGAUCUCACCUCGUGGGGCAUCACUGAUCAUGAGGAAGGUGAGGGAUCAGCCCAGAACUACACGGCAGGACCUGGUCAAUGACCUGAAGAGAGCUUGGACCACAGUCUCAAAGAAAACCAUUAGUAACACACUACGCCGUCAUGGAUUAAAAUCCUGCAGCGCACGCAAGGUCCCCCUGCUCAAGCCAGCGCAUGUCCAGGCCCGUCUGAAGUUUGCCAAUGACCAUCUGGAUGAUCCAGAGGAGGAAUGGGAGAAGGUCAUGUGGUCUGAUGAUACAAAAAUAGAGCUUUUUGGUCUAAAGUCCACUCGCUGUGUUUGGAGGAAGAAGAAGGAUGAGUACAACCCCAAGAACACCAUCCCAACCGUGAAGCAUGGAGGUGGAAACAUCAUUCUUUGGGGAUGCUUUUCUGCAAAGGGGACAGGACGACUGCACCGUAUUGAGGGGAGGAUGGAUGGGGCCAUGUAUCGCGAGAUCUUGGCCAACAACCUCCUUCCCUCAGUAAGAGCAUUGAAGAUGGGUCGUGGCUGGGUCUUCCAGCAUGACAACGACCCGAAACACACAGCCAGGGCAACUAAGGAGUGGCUCCGUAAGAAGCAUCCCAAGGUCCUGGAGUGGCCAAGCCAGUCUCCAUACCUGAACCCAAUAGAACAUCUUUGGAGGGAGCUGAAAGUCCGUAUUGCCCAGCGACAGCCCCGAAACCUGAAGGAUCUGGAGAAGGUCUGUAUGGAGCAGUGGGCCAAAAUCCCUGCUGCAGUGUGUGCAAACCUGGUCAAGACCUACAGGAAACGUAUGAUCUCUGUAAUUGCAAACAAAGGUUUCUGUACCAAAUAUUAAGUUCUGCUUUUCUGAUGUAUCAAAUACUUAUGUCAUGCAAUAAAAUGCAAAUUAAUUACUUAAAAAUCAUACAAUGUGAUUUUCUGGAUUUUUGUUUUAGAUUCCGUCUCUCACAGUUGAAGUGUACCUAUGAUAAAAAUGACAGACCUCUACAUGCUUUGUAAGUAGGAAAACCUGCAAAAUCGGCAAAAUGUAUCAAAUACUUGUUCUCCCCACUGUAUAUGGCUCAUAGAAAUAGAAUCACUAGAACCGGAAUAGUCCCUCAGACCUUAUUACAGACUCAUUGAUUUGGAUGAGGAUGCCCGUUCGAGGGAUUUUAUUUCUAUGACAUUGCUUUCUCACAUUGUUACGCUUGACGGCAAUAGUUCAAUGUAAUGUCUAGUUUUAUGUUCUGAAUUGCAGCUUCUUGACAUUCUGCUUUCCCACAGGCCGAGGUAAAAAGCGAGGGGACACUUUGAAAGUGGAGAAUGAACCCCAAGAGGUGAUUAUCACAAUAGAUAUUUUGCCCUUUAUUUGGCUCAUCUAACAAGUCCCACUGGGGAGCUUUUUUGUAUAGUAGCUAGUAAGCGGUAAACAAAGGUCACAUUGUCAUAAGACUCAUUUAAUGUUCAAUUAUCUAAAUAAUAACGUUUGAUUUGUUGCAGUCUGACGAGGUGGCCUUGGAUGCAGAGUUCCUCGAUGUUUACAAGAACUGCAACGGUGUGAUCAUAAUGUUUGACAUCACCAAGCAAUGGUCAGAGUCUGUGUUGUGUGUUAUAGAACAGUCCAAUACAUUAGUUACAAGGUUUACAUUACAUUUUAAAAAUGGCAGAUAUUCAAGUACAAUUUAGGAGACCAUAGGGCCCUGGUGAAAAGUAGUGCACUACAUAGGCCAUAGGGUGACAUUUGGGACAUAACCAUGGUUCAAUUAAUAAAUCAAUGAACUCUAAUGAAACAUUAGGUCUCAGUAAGCCUGUGUGUGGCCAUAAACCACUUAGCCCACAGUGGCUGGCUGGCAUCUGACUCUGCUUAGCUUCAAAGUCAGAACAAUGUGAAACAGAUUGCCAUUGUAUUCACUUUGAACUUGGCCAAGUAUGGGGAGACAUACAUAUUUAUAAUUCCUCACAUAUGGAGAAACAAUAGCUAUACGUUUGUUUUAUUCUUUUUUUAUGUCGUUGCAGGACAUUCAACUACAUCCUGAGAGAGCUACCCAAAGUACCCACUCAUGUUCCAGUGUGUGUCCUAGGUAACCACAGGGACAUGGGUGACCACCGUGUCAUCCUACCUGAUGACAUCCGCCUGGUUAUCGCUAAUCUGAAUAGGUAGUUAACUGAACUCCCUGUUUUAGUUUUGUUAGGGUUGCAAACAUUUUCUGGCCAUAAUGUCCUAGUUUUCCUGAAAUCAGGAGGGAAAUAUAAACAAAAUUGUGAAUCCCCCAACCAAGAUUUCUGGAGAAAUUGGGGAAUGUUGCUUACAUUUUGCAACAAUUACUAGUAGUCAUAAGCUGAUCAAUGUGUCUGUAUACUUGACUGAUGGUUUCUUGCAGACCCAUGGGUUCCUCCUAUAUUCACUACGCUGAAGCCUCUAUGAAGAAUGGAUUUGGCUUGAAAUAUUUACACCGAUUUUUCAACAUUCCUUUCCUGCAACUUCAGGUUAGUUCUAGCUUUGACUACAUUGUAUUGUGAAAUAUAUACCUUUGCUAUGGUCAUAACCAUCUUGAGUCAUGAAAUCAGAUCAGAAAUACCGCAGGCACAGACUAAGUACUACCCACUCCCUAUGAAAGGGUUUCUGAGAGUGCUUGUGAAAGGAGUAUUAGUGCUCUGGUUCAUAGUCAGUCAUUCCAUGCCCUCUCUGUUGAUCUCUACAGAGGGAGACUCUCUUACGGCAGCUCGAGACCAACCAGUUAGACAUGGACGCCACUCUGGAGGAGCUCUGCGUGCAACAGGAGACUGAGGAUCAAAACUAUGAAAUGUAAUGUGAUAUUUUCACUCUGUAUCAGUUUGUUUGGCAUGUUCAGUGAUAUUAUCACUCUGUGUAUCAGUUUUUGGCAUGUACACUGAUUUUCACACAGUAUAUCGGUGUAUUUGUGUUUAUAGCAGUGUAUUUGUGUUGAUAGCAGUGUAUUUGUGUUCAUCUUUAACACUUAUAGCAGAGUUUUGAGAUGUUUCUUUCUUUAUUGAUGCAGCACCGAUUUUACCAAUACUAACAACACGGCACCCAUUGUUUUGCAGUUUCUUGGAGAACAUGGAGACCCGCAAUAAAGGCUAUGGUUCACCUUGUCCAGCCAAUGGUCAGAGCCCUUCCUCGGGCUCCCAAUCCCCCAUCGUCCCUCCAAGUGGGGCCUCCACUGGCAGCUCUAGCCCUGGGACCCCUCAUCAGCCACCCAUCCCUGGCCAGGUCCCCAGCCUGCAGUCUCCCUCGCCUUCUCCUCCGCCUCCUGCCCUGCCAGCCGGGAUGGUUUCCCCCACCGCUGAGCCUCAGUCCCCCACUCUGACGCAGGCUCAGAGUCCUGAUCAUACUGGACCGUCACCAUCUCCCCCGACCCCUGCCCAAGCCCUGCCUCCUCAGAAACGUGGCCUCAUCUCACGUCUCUUUGGCUCCGCCCCUGCCCCAGAAGCACCUGCAGCCAUGCCAGGUAAGUCUGGUCGAUGUGUCAGUGUUCAACUAUUUCCAUAACAAAGACACACUUCACAGACGAACGGACAGAAGCAGUGAGUGGCCGCGGAAUGUUAGCGAUCACCUGUAUAGUGUGGGAAUUCAACAUGUAGAAUCAUCUGGAAAUUAACAGAAAAUAACGACCAAUGUUCUGUUAAAUGGCGAUAGGACGGCCAACCACUGCUUUUAAUCGUUUGUCGUCAGUGUGUUUUGUCUAAUAUUGUAUCCUAAAAGCCCGGGAAAGGACUAGGUUAUGCAUGUUAAACCUGUGUGUAUUAGACCAGGAAGUAGUCACAGGAAAUCUUCGUGAAUGAUUGGAUUUCUGUGAAGUAUUUGUAAGGACCAUUGCACUGCUUGGAACUGGAAUCUCAUCUGAGGGACAGGAUUUUUUAAAAACUGAAUGAAGGAAAACGGCAUGCUAGAACCUUCCAUGUGGUAACCACCAGACUCUUUUUGGCAGUUUUACAGAACAACACUUUGUAUUGAGGGAGGUAACUCAUUGAACCUUUUAGCCCAAUAUAGUUUAGCAGGUUUUAAGCACUCUGUUUGCGCUCCAGGUUCUCCCCUAAAUUGUGCUGGGUUGUUUUCAUGUAUUGUUGGUAAAAACAUGGAUUCUGGGAUGAGUUAUUACUAUACAAUAUCAGUGUAAGUCUGUGGCGUUAAAUAAUAAAAGGAUGCAUCCCUAAUGGCACCCUAUUCCCUAUAUUUUGCAGGUCAAAAGUAGUGGACUAUAUAGGGAAUAGGAUUCCAUUUGCACAUCAAAUGCUAUUGUGAUCUCUGUCUGCAGAGCCAGAGCCUGCCCCUGUGUGUCCUGCUAACGUUCAGAGUGUGGAUGACUUUGUGCCAGACGAGGGUCUGGAUAAAAGCUUCCUGGAGGACAGCCUCCCCUGUAAAGUCAAGGUCCCCCAGCCAGCACCUGCACUGGACAGUGACAGGUAAGCAGUAGCAGAGUGUGGAUUCUUACUUUGACAGAUGAGAACGUAUCCCUGGCCAUAGAAAUAAGAAUGAAUAGAUCGGGCUUGGAACCUCUAACCCUGGCAAUUUGACUGGUAAACUGAUAGGUACACUCGCAAUUGCUUCCUGUUAUUGUGAUGUAAUAAUUUCCAUGGUAAUGUAAGUGUUCAUUAAAAUGAUGCUAACUCAUGUGGCUCAUGCAAUGGAAUAUAUUUUUUGUAAUGUCAUGUAAGUUUAUUCAACAAAUCAUAGCACAGCUUGAUGGGUACACUUCCUGCUUUUACUUCCUGCUUUGCUCCUAUGGGUACACUUGCGAUGGCCGCCAGUCCACCCAUUAUGCCAUCAUUGACUUGAAUGGGGACACCCAUUUUAUUUAUUCUUAUUUCUAUGUCCCUGGCUGUGUCUCAAUUGGCACCCUAUUCGCAAAGGGCUCUGGUAAAAAUGUGUGCACUAUAUAGGGAAUAGGGUGCCAUUUGGGACGUAGAGCCUGUCUGUAUUGCCACUAGUUAUUUCCUUCCCUGCUGGAAAAAAAAUGUAUACUCUAAAGUUCACAGCACACAGUACCAUCUGGGGGAAGCCAUCUGUGGUGAGAGUUUUCAGAUGGCUCUAUUUACUCAACGCUUUCAUUGAAAUAGAAUGUGAAAGAGAGGAUUUAAGAAUCACCAACAAUGUUUUCGGUAGAGAUGAGAGAACACUGGAAUACAUAUAUUUAAAAAGGAGAAGAACAAAACCUUUAGAUGCUCUCUGUUGUUCCCUUGUGUGUCCCCAGUGAUGGAGAGGACAGAGGGAACCCUAUGGUGGCAGGUUAUCAGGAUGAACUGGACCCAGAUGACAAAGAGCUGCCCCAGCCCAGCACCCUGGGCCUUCUCACCACUAAAGACUUCACCAUGUCCAGCGAUGAGGAGGAAGCACAGCCCCCACCACCACCAGCACCCGCUGUCACUCAUGAUGACCACCUCGACCUUGACAGUGAAUCAGAGCUGAAAAGGUAAGCGGCAAAUAAAUGUCCAUGUUAAUGUAGUUUCAUAAAGAGUAAACGUACGUUUUUAAGUCACUUUUUUUUAUUCUCUGUUUUAGGCCCUUCUCAUCGUUCAUAUUUGUUAAUGUAGUGUCAUCUAUAGUAAUAAUCAGUGCUUUGUAAGUGGUAUUUUUGUUUUCCAUUUUAGACCAGGCACUGAGUCCAUAAUGCCCCAUGCCAUGGAGCCUCAAGCUCCGGAGCCUUUGACUCCUGCUUCCCAGCUCUUGGAGAACACUGUCCUCUUGGAGGCAGAGCCAAUCUCCCUCACCCCCCUCACCAUGACCCCUACACCUGCAGUAGCCCUGGAGCAGCCAGGCCCCCAGCCAGGCCCACCCAGAGCGAAGAAGGGGGGAAGCCCUGGGGUGGAGGGUUCAGACUCUGACCCAGAGGCCCCUGUUGCUGAACAGAUGCUUUCCUUCAUCAUGGAUGAUCCUGACUUUGAGUCUGAGGAGGAGGUGGUUAUUCAGAAGAUAACUAAGGUAGCUAUGGCUAAAUUAUGUUAUUUAGGGUUGUAGGCUACAAUUCAUGGUUAGAUUGAGUAGUUGUCAACCUAUAGAAAUUAUUUUCCUGGUAAAAUAUGCAGUGUUGCAUUGUGAAAUAACCAAUACAUUUUCAAGAAAUUAUCUGAUUGGUAGUUUAUAUUAGGAUACAUGGUUAAAAUGUAGCUCAGUUGGUAGAGCAUGGCGCUUGCAACGCCAGGGUUGUGGGUUUGAUUCCCACGGGGGGCCAGUAUGAAAAAUGUAUACACUCACUAACUGUAAGUCGCUCUGGAUAAGAGCGUCUGCUAAAUGACUAAAAUGUAUAUUGGUAUAUGUGAUAGUUUGGACUUGUGGGAUUUCAUUCUUUCCUUCUGCAUCCGUCCACAGGAGGUUUUCCCAGUCAGGGAUGAAGUACUGUCUGAUCUGGAGCUGUCAGAUGAUGACAUCCUUCCAGCCGUGCUGAUCCCUGAGCCUCUGAAGCCCACGCUGGUCCUGAAGUCCUCCUUUAAGAGCAAGAAUGAGACAGACCUGUUUGGCUUGGGCUUCACGGAGGAGGCCCCCAGAGCCAAGGACAGCAGCGAGGACCUAGGUAGCAAGUCCACUACUACAAAUCUACAGAGAACAGGGUCGUAUUCAUUAUUGCAUAUUGUAUUAAAACGUUUUGCAACGGAAAAAGAAAACAAAACUGUCUUAUUGGACAAGAGUUUAGGUAGUCCUUCCCUGUUUCAGUCCAUUUUCUUCAGUUUGGUAUCUAGUGAAUAUGACCCAGUACCAUAGAAUAGUACCAUAGCACAUGACCGAGAACAGUACCAAAUCGUAUCACAUUAUAAAACAAAAUUGCAUUGCAUUUAUUGCUCAAAUUAUAUGAAUUGCUUUUCAGAGAAGGAAAGCAAACACUCUUCAAAAGAAAAGAAGAAAAAGAAGAAGAAAAGCAAAGAGGUAAGAGUGUGGAUGUCUUUUCAGAUGGCUAUCUUGUCAAGUGAAGUGGCGACUGUUUACUGUAUACAGCAUGGGUAGGCAACACUGGUCCUGGAGCUCCGUAGCCACUUCAUGUUUUUGAUGUAACCGACCUGGAAGACCAGGUGUGUUGAAUUUAGGCAAUCACUGAACUGAUCAAUUAGCUCAGUUGGUCAGGUGUGGUGCCUAGUUGGAACAAAAUCCUGCAGUACCUGCGGCACUCCAGGAACAGGGUUGCCUGCCCCUGGUAUACCGCAUAGUAGACUUACAUAAAUUACAAAUAAAAUAUCUGACAUUCUGUGAAAUGAUUCUGCCUUUUUUCUUAGGAGGAGGAGAAGAGCAGCAGCAAGAAGAAGCAUAAAAAGGACAAGAAAAAGGAGAAGGAUGAGACAGGAACAGGAGAUGACCAAGAGAAGAAAAAGAAGAAAUCUCGGACCAAGAAAACCGGGGAUGUGGAUGACUUGGAGGAUUUCUUGGCUGGAGGGGAGGGGUCAGCAAAUCGAGAGGGCAGAGACUAUGAAGAACUCUAGAACCCAAGUCCUCCUUUUUUGGAACUUGACUCUGAAGAGCUGCAGAAUCCAAUUUGUCGUUUGAAACCUUUUGGUUCCUAGAACCAGAUUAAUUUGUGCACAAGCAGCAUCCGCAAGCCAUAACCAUUGUCAUGCUCACCCAUUCCCAGGCAAAAACCUAGACUCUACGGUGGCUGUAUGUUGCAUUGAUUUUAUUUCCCAUGAGCGCUACUGAUCACACUCUUGACCUUUUGGAUGAGAUGAGAAACCGGAAGGAGACUUACACCCACUGUGGUGUAACACAAACGUUAUGAUAACUGCAGGGGAGCCACUAAGGAAAGAUUUGA